AGUUUACAAAACCUCCAUGGAUCAUAUUUGUUUUUAAAUGACAUCCAUAGUGUUUUCACAUUUUUUGACUUAACCGUCAGUCUAAGUACAUCGGCUUUUUUGUCUCAUCUUACAUUUCUACUUAACUCUUAUGUGCCUGGUCCUUGUAUUUUCUUUGUAAUGUCUAUUUAGUUUUCCGACCGUACCGGACCGUUCCGUUUUCCUGUGAAAAUCCAUGCCAUGUCUUACAUCUGUCUUAAUUUGUUUCUGAUCAUCCUCUCCUCUCUGAUGCCUUCCACCUGUGCUGAUUAUCUUCACCUGAGUCCAAUCCUCUCUCUUUGACAAACAUUUGUUAACGAGAAUCUGUGUGUUUCUAACUUUACAUUAGUUUAACAACCUUUUUUUUCUCUGGUAAUUAGUUGUAUUUCCACAAAAUGGUGGUCAAUAAAGAGAAGAGAACUGCCUGAGGUCCCCCGUGUUCUAGAUUGUUGAUCAUCAAAUACAAGUCAAAACAAGGAACCGAGAGCUGGACGAGGAGCAUGAGGUGUAAUGACAGGGCAGAAGGUACUGGCACUUUUGGUCGAGUCUUUCUGGUCAAGGACAAAAAGACCAAGGCCUUUCAUGCCCUGAAGCAGAUGAAGAUCCCAGAUGUGAUUCGUCUGAAGCAGGAGCAGCACGUCCACAAUGAGAAGGAGGUGCUGACAGAGGUCAGCCACCCGUUCCUCAUCCGACUGUUCUGGACUCACCAUGAUGAGCGCUUCCUCUACAUGCUGAUGGACUACGUUCCAGGCGGGGAACUGUUCAGCUACUUACGCAGCCGUGGGCGUUUCAGCAAUAACACAGGCCUCUUCUAUUCUUCUGAGAUUGUAUGCGCCAUCGAGUACCUGCACUCCAAAGAAAUUGUUUACCGUGACCUAAAGCCAGAGAACAUUCUACUGGACAGUGAAGGACACAUCCGUCUGACUGAUUUUGGUUUUGCCAAAAAGCUCUCAGACAGGACCUGGACACUGUGUGGCACUCCUGAGUACCUUGCCCCUGAGGUCAUCCAAAGCAAAGGUCACGGCCGGGCGGUGGAUUGGUGGGCUUUGGGCAUUCUCAUCUUUGAAAUGCUGGCUGGGUACCCUCCAUUCUUUGAUGACAACCCAUUUGGAAUCUACCAGAAGAUCCUAGCUGGAAAACUGGAAUUCCCACGCCAUCUGGAUUUCUAUGUCAAGGAUCUCAUCAAGAAAUUUCUGGUCAUUGACCGUGCCAGACGACUCGGAAACAUGAAGAAUGGAGCAGAGGACGUGAAGAAGCACCGCUGGUUCAAGACGAUUGACUGGGAGGCUGUUCCUCAGAGGAAACUGAAGCCUCCCAUUGUUCCCAAAGUUUCCCAUGAGGGUGACACCUCCAAUUUUGAUGUUUACCCUGAAGACGACUGGAAGAAGGACCCUCCUGUGCCUCAGAAGGACUUAGAGCUCUUCAAGAACUUCUGAUCGGUCAACCUGCUUUUUAUUUAUUCAUGACUCAGUCUUUUGACGUUGUACUGUUACUGGUACUAGGAUGGAGAAAGGAAGUACGCAGAUUUAUAGGGACGUAAGGAUAUUGUCAGUCUCAGAACUUAAGUGACUCCAUACCUCCAUAAACAUGUGAUGGGAUCAAACGUGUAGAAGCCUGAAGUUUAGUAAAUAUCACAACACUGUAUUGAAUAUCGUACCAUAGACGCGAAACUUCAGUAUUAUUGUAUUUUAACAUGUAAUAUCCUUACAUCCCUACAAAUGAAUCCAAGAAGGGAGUCACGUUUGAAAGUUUUAAACUCCAAAUAAUGCUGUGACCUGUAUCAUAUUAGAUUUGAUUUUUUAUUUGAUUAUUUAACUAAAGCCAGUUUUAUUAUCAAGAUUUUUAAAUAUUAUUUCUCUGAGCCAGCUCAUAUGCAAAAAAGAUGUGGUUCCUUCGAAACCAAAAGACUGUUAAUUUCUAUGUUCAAACGAGAGAAUAAUCAGGUCUGUUUUUUAUACUGGCAUUGUUUUGUAUUUUCUCUCCUUUUUCAACAGAUUUUGUUUAUGGUCAGUCGUGUCCGAUGUGACAACACACUGCAGCUGUCAGAUGGCCAGUUUAGAUGCUUGCUUUGAUAAUGCAUAACUAAUAGCACUUGUUAAAGGUGCCUUACGUCACGGUUCUAUAUGUGCAUGCCAUGUUGGUGCGUUGAGCCAUUACCACGCUAAUCAAAGUAAAUUUACAUUUUUGGAUAUAUCUUCAUGUCAGUGACAGUCUGAUGAAGUGGAGGGUUAGUAAGUUAAGAUUUACACAAAUUAGAGAAGAAAAACGUCAAAAUGUGCAAUUCUUUGUGUUAUUGUGUUAUGGCUCUGUGUCAACGCUGACUUCAUCAUUUAGCACGCCAUCCAUCCUUUAGUUCAUGGAGUCCAGAGCGUUGUGAAGUUUCCCCUCAAAACUGUUGGAAUCUUUGUUUAGUUCAUAUUGUCAGCGUUGUAGUCAGGCAUUCCAGGCCCUAAAUUUCCCAGAGGCGUUCUGGUGCCCAGGGGUAGAACCAGGAAGCAUGGAAGAACUGACAUAUCUUUAGUGUUUUUGGGAAGUUAGCUACUAUCAAAUAGUGAUAGGUGGAAGUAGAGGGUUUCUGAGCAUCCAUGCUGAGACCACUGAUCAUGUGACAAAACCUGAAAGGGUAGUGCAAAAUAAGAUGGCAUAAAGCAACCAAUAUACAUUGAAACAGCAACGCUAGGUGUGUUUAAAAACUUUAAUCCUUUAGGUCCCACCAAAUUAACAAAUGAUGUUAUUGUAAAAACCAAUGCAGAAAUUAAAAAUGUCUUCCUCCAAGCGUAACUUUAUAUUGAUGCCGUUGGGAACAUCACAGCUUUUACAACAUUGCUGAGCUCUUGUACUGUAUAUAUGAGUCAGUUUAACUGAUUUACCGUUUUAUAAAUAUUACUAAUUAGUACUGGUAUUCAGCCGCUACGAGUUCGGUACUUUACCUUUUGCUUUCUUCAUAUGCGAUUCUUCGUGUUCUGUGUAAAAAAUCUGACAAAUACAAUAGUUUAUCAACAUCAGUCUUCUGUGUUAAAAACCAGUCUACAUGACCUUAAAGUGUAGUGAUGCUUAAUUCAGAGGUGUUUCAAAUUGGUUUUAAUGCCUCUGUGCCUGCACAGGCGGAGCAAACACAACUGACUGCUCACUUCGGUUCAGUGCUACAGCAGAUCUGUCCAUAUAUAUAUAUGUUUAUAUAUACAUAUAUAAAUAUACAGUAUAUCUCAAGGCUUUAGAGCAUGACUUUAAGAGCUACAUCCCAGUCAUCCAAGUCAGUAUUCAACUUCAUUCAACAGUCAUUGAAUCAAGUCGUUAAUAUUUAUCCAAUUUACUUCACACAUUUACCACCCUUUAAAAUGAGCUGUUCUGUUUGUUGCCUCUAAUAACGACUGUUAAGGUGGAAUGUGUUUGAGUUUCAGGUGCUAACAUGUCUUUGCUGAAGCCACAGCAGCAGCAUGUCCACCAUCAGAGUGGACAAUGGGGGACACUGGGUCACCCUGCUGCUCUGUCAUUACACAGACCAACACUGUACGUGUAGCUGCAUGCAUUUAAGCUAGAGCAGAGUGUAUGACCUGAAUAUGCACACUUAAAUUUCAGAGUCUUAUAUACUGUGGUUUAUGUCAGCAAGUUUUAAUCAAGUCAUGUAUUUACACAAUAUUACCAAGUACUACAAUGUGACUGUUUUAUCUGAGUGGCCAGUUCACCUCAACAUUGGAGUUGGUUAUUUUUGCUUUACCAGUGGAAACAGUGAGGAGUUGACAUUUGUCUUCUUCCAAUCAUUGCAGUUCAUUGUCUUUGUCAUAUUUGACGCAGAGCUGAUAAAGUGAGAUCAGUGGAACAGCUGUCUGCCAUGUACUGUCAGCACUGUCGGAUUUUUACAAGAGUAAACACUUGGAAAACUAAA